CGACGAGGGGCGGGACUUCAAACCGUGUCAUUCCAGGUGACGAACGGCGUUAUCCUGGGGCGCGUUAUUCCCCCCAAAAAUUCAACUUCUACAAAGGAAUUCACGGCCGCCAGAGGCGAAACCAGGCGGCGGCUCGUCGACCUCCGUUCGCCGGUUAACGCUCCGCUCUUUGACGGCCAGACUCGACGCGAAGAUCGACCGCGGGUUUGACAGGAGGCGGCAGCGCGGCUUUUAGCUAACAGGAGCUAACUUUGUCCCCCACCAGCUGCCUCGGCGCUGUAUGUGCGGUAACAACAUGUCAGUGCCUUUACCUGCCAUCGUGCCUGCUGCCCGCAAAGCCACCGCGGCGGUGAUAUUUCUGCACGGCCUUGGUGACACUGGACAUGGCUGGGCAGAAGGUUUCGCAGGCAUCAGGUUACCACAUGUGAAAUACAUCUGUCCACAUGCUCCCACCAUGCCUGUUUCGUUGAACAUGAGAAUGUCAAUGCCUUCCUGGUUUGAUAUCCAUGGCUUGAGCCCCGAUGCAAAUGAAGAUGAGGCUGGUAUUAAAAGAGCCUCCGAGAACAUUAAAGCACUGAUAGACCAAGAAGUGAAAAAUGGAAUACCGUCACACCGAAUUCUCCUGGGUGGAUUUUCACAGGGCGGAGCGCUGUCUCUCUACACGGCUCUGACUACUCAGCAGAAGCUGGCUGGAGUCGUCGCUCUGAGCUGCUGGCUUCCUCUCCGCAAUUCCUUCCCUCAGGCAUCUGCCAACAGUGUUAACAAGGACAUGCAUGUCCUGCAAUGCCACGGGGACGCCGACCCCCUGGUGCCCUUCAUGUUUGGCAGCCAGACAGCGGAGAAGAUGAAAAGCCUCAUCAACCCGGCCAACGUCACCUUCAAGUCGUAUCGGGGUCUUCCUCACAGCGCCUGUCCAGAGGAAAUGGUGGAUGUGAAACGGUUCAUAGAGAAGCAUCUUCCUCCCAUCAGCAACGAAUGAACUCGGGCAGCAGCAGAGCAGCCGAGCCGCCCGCCGCCCUUUGAGGCUCGACCCCGGCGACGCUCUGUGGACUCGAGGAACCAACGGCCGACUGACAAUGUAUCCACGCUGCUAUCCAUUACGCCGGACAGGACUGGGGCUUCAUUUUGAACCUGGAGGAGGAUGAUGAUAAACCGUAUUGUAUCCGGACCUGGAGCCGCGCACAACCCUCAGUGUUAGAGUAACAGUAGGCGCUUGAUCGUAAAGCUACCGUUAAGACGAGCCAUUUCUUGCAAGGAACAUAUUUAACUAGGGCUAUACUUCACAGUUUAAUACCUCUACUAUCUCAUAAUAAAUGGCCUGUGGUUUAAUGCCCUUUGUUAUUUAUGUAGCCAAAAUGCAAUAAUGCUAAUACAAGUUAUUUGUUGAUAAAUCAACUAAUUUAUUUAAGGCUUUUUAUUAGAGCAAAAAUAACUUAACAUUUUUGGCUUCCAGCUUCCGAAAUAGGUAUUUGUUUCAUUAGUUUUACAAGUUUCAGUUGCAAUCUGCAACCUCCCCUCUAGAUGCCACUGAAUACUGGACCUUUUGAAUUAUUGUAAAUAUGAUAUUUCAGCGUGUUUGGAUUGUUGUUGUGCAAAAAAUAACAACUGCGAGACGUGUAGGUGAGUUUUCGUUCAGACUCAAAAAAGGAAUCAACAAUUUCAAAUGGAAUGCAUCAUUUUCUUUGUAGCUGUAAUUUGCAGAAGUUACAAAUCUUAAAAUAUAUUGAUUGAUUAUAUAAUGUACCACGUGUUGAACACACAGAAGCAAAAACAACAUCCGAAUGUGCUUUAUUAAAUUUGUGAGAAUUCAAA